AUGGAGGCUAAUCUCAGCGCAGCGGAAGUGACGCCCGCAGGUGACCGGGCGGAGGUGGAGGCCGCAGGUGACCCGGUGUUGGAGGUCCCGGUGUUGGAGGUCCCGGUGCAGAACCACAGCUCUCCGUUCGCAGACGUGGCGCUGCUGCAGAGCUACAAGCCGCUCAUCAUCCCUUGCUACGCCCUGGUGCUGCUGCUGGGCGUCUGCGGGAACUACCUGCUGAUCUACGUCAUCUGCCGCACACGGAAGAUGCACACCGUCACCAACCUCUUCAUCCUCAACCUGGCGCUGUCGGACCUGCUCAUGUGCGUGACCUGCGUCCCCUUCACGCUCGCCUACGCUCUGAACCCGCGCGGCUGGACGUUCGGACGCUCCAUGUGUUACGCCGUGUUCACGAUACAACCUCUGACCGUCUACGUCUCUGUGUUCACUCUCACUGCUAUCGCUGUGGACAGAUACUCGGCCACAGUCCACCCUCUGAAGAAGCGCACCUCGGUCGCUGCGUGCGCCGCGGCCCUCGCUGGGAUCUGGCUCGUGUCGUUCGCUCUGGUGGCUCCUGCCGUUCUUCACACGUACCAUGUGGAGUUCAGGGACGAGGGCUUCACCAUCUGUGAGGAGUUCUGGAUUGAGGAGGAGACGCAGAGACGCGCCUACGCCUACGGCACGCUGCUGGUCACCUACGUGCUGCCGCUGUCCGCGCUCAGUGUGUCCUACGUCUGCAUCACCCUCAAACUCAGGAAGUGCGUUGCUCCAGGGAGUAGAACCCUGAGGCAGAGCGCGCCGCAGCAGGCCCGCAGGAGGAGGAUCUUCCGGCUGGUGGCGCUGCUGGUGUCUGCCUUCGCCGUGAGCUGGAUGCCCAUCCACGUGUUCAACGUCCUGCGCGACAUCGACAUCAACCUGAUCAACAAGCGCCACUUCCUGCUGAUCCAGCUGCUGUGCCACCUCUGCGCCAUGACCUCCUCCUGCUGCAACCCGGUCCUCUACGCCUGGCUCCACCAUCGCUUCAGGACAGAGCUCCGCAAGACGCUGAGCUGCAGGCGCCGCCGCGUGGGAGGGGCCAAGCACUGCGCCGCCACAGUCGUUCUGUGA